GGUGGUAUAUAUCACAGCAAAACCAGCCGUCCGAAUUCUGGCUCAACAACAAUAAUUUAACAACCUACCACCUCCUCUCCUCACUCACUACUCCUCAGUUCGAAUUCAGUACAGCAAUUCUCAGUGCAUCAAUCGCCGCCAUUGUGAGACGUUGCGUCUCUCGCGUUUUCGGACCACAGAUUAACUAAUCCCAAACAUUAAUCCCGCGAAAAGGUAUUUUUCAGCCAGUGUCAAUUCUCAAAACAUUCGUGUUAACUACAUUGUUUUUUUUUUGAAGUGAAAUCAUGCGGUGUGCCUUCAUCCUGCUGAUGGCAGCUUUGUGCGUUCGAGCCGACGAGAUCUGCCUUACGUCUGAAGAGGACCCGUAUUUGCUAUUCGGAACGAAGACCGCGUACAUCUUCUCCAAUCGUGGCAUCCCAAACGCUAAGGCACAUGAAGUACCAGGAUGCCAACCCGUAGCCUUUUGGCUCCUCAGUCGUCACGGCUCGCAUAACCCUGAAGCUAACGAGACUGCUGAACUCCAACAACUGGUCGAUCUAAAGAACAACAUCGUCACGAACUACAAGAAUGGAAACUUCAGGAACACUAAUCAUCGAAUCUGCACGGCCGACUUUAACUUGCUGGAACGUUGGAACUGGAAACAGAACAGUAGCACGGCCGGCGAUCUCACCAGCGACGGAUACGUGACGACGCAGCAGUUGGCACAGGCCUGGAAGCAGCGGUUCCCUGGACUAUUGACGCCGAACACUUACAACUAUUUGUUCAAAUUCGUCGAAGAACCACGGUCUAGCAACUCGUUUAGAGCGUUCUCGGAAAGUUUAUUCGGAGGCCAGAACGAAGGUUUCGAUGCCCCCAAAGAGAACGACGAAAAACUGCUAAGGCCACUCAAGUACUGCGACGCUUGGAAGAACCAAGUCGACGAGAACAACAAGACUUUAGAACAGAAAAACAUAUUUGAAUCGAAGCAGGAAUAUAAAGAGAUGAUUUCGAACAUUUCCCUGAGACUGGGCUUCAACUACGACCUUCAGAAGAACACAGUGUUGAGCAUCUACCAGAUGUGCCGAUACAACAAGGCGUGGGACGUGACGCAGAUCUCGCCAUGGUGCGCUGCGUUCACGCGUGAAGACUUAAAACGCUUGGAGUACGCCGAGGAUUUGGAAACUUAUUACAAAUACGGUUACGGAUCCACAGUCAGUGAGAAAAUCGGCUGUAGCAUUAUUAAGGAUAUGGUUGACUUCUUCAAGAACCACGCUGAACGAGAGUUACGUCAACAACCAAAAGCCAUGAUCCAACUGACGGACUACCCGAUGAUCCUGAUGGCUCUGACCAAGCUCGGGUCGCGGCAGGACUCGGCCCCCAUCACGGGAGACAACUACCACACAAACACCGCGCAGGCCCGCAAAUGGAGCUCCUCCAACAUGGUCCCAUUUAAUGCUAACAUAGCUGCUGUUUUGUACAAGUGCACUACGAAUGGAAAUUUCCAGAUCAAAGAACAGUACCAAGUCUUGUUCUUGGAGAACGAGAAGCCAAUGAACAUUGAAGGUUGUUGGGUUGGACUCUGCGAUUGGUCGGCGGUUAAAUCGAAAUUCGAUCCAGACAAAUGCGAUCUUCAGUUCUGUAACGCGGCCGCACGAUCGACUGGCUUCGUUAGUCUUAUUUUAACUGUGAUUUUAUUCUGUAUCAAUCGUAAUUAAUGGUUACUUAAAUUUAGACUUUACGGUUAUGAAGCUAAAAUUCACGAUCGCAUCAAUAAAUAGUCUUGUUCUUAUCCAAUUAGGUGAUAUGACACGAUUUUUUUUGAUCAACACACUUAUGUAUUAUCUUCAAAAAAUCCAUUAUUUGAAUUAUUUCAGUAGUGAGUUGGGUUUGUUUGAGCUGAGUGAGCUUACUUACCCGCCCGACCGUAGCUAGAAUAACCCCUUAGACUGCUACCAGCGUACUGAUAGGUAAAAAAUAAAAAAAUAAAGACCCACUAGUGGGCAACCAUCUUUAUUUACAUUACGUAAUAAAUUAGAAGUUUGAUAUUUAACUAGCUUUUGCCCGCGACUCCGUCCGCGUGGAAUAGUUACUUUGGCAUAACGAUAAAUUUUACCCCCCACUUCAUUUACGUAAAAAGAAAAUAUUUUUGAAUUAUAUAAUGUUAAGCAGCUAUUUAAACUCCUAUUUUGAUACAUUUUUAUAGUGCUCACGUGUAUUGGUCUUACCGUAAUGUUAUAUAGCCUAUAGCCUUCCUCAAUAAAUGGGCUAUCUAACACUGAAAUAAUUUUUCAAAUCGGACCAAGUAGUUCCUGAGAUUAGCGCGUUCAAACAAACAAACUCUUCAGCUUUAUAAUAUUAAGUAUAGAUUCAAAAACCUUAAUUCGAUUGCACUUCCUUUGCGAUUAUAACAUAUUAUUGUACCUAGUUGUUAAGCGUUCACGUUAUAAAUGAUAUAUACCAGUAGAUUGUUAUUAAAUGAAGUACUUAAAUGUUUGUUAGUGUUUUUGUGUAUUAAACAUUGUAAUUAGUAGACAGCGGCUUGGCUGUGCCGACGGUGAUCACUCACUACCAAGUGGGCCUUAUGCUCGUCUGCCUAUAUAAUGGCAAUAAAGGCAAUAAAGGCAAAAAAUUUUUUCUUCUUUUUUGGCUGUAUGCGUUGUUACGACACUACUCGAUCUAGAUUUCUGUGCUACAAAAAAUUAUGACGACAAUUAAAAAAACAUACCGACACUGCUACUAUUAUAUGUUUAAAUUAUAUUCAUUUCUGUUAUGUUUUAACAUCCUAUAGGUAACGUUUUUCUGUCAUCGCUUUUGUGUUUUAUUUUAUUUUAUACAGUUGAUUUUUGUACAUUCAAGUAUAUUAUUGUUGGAUUAAUCUCAAAUAAAAUGUUAUGGAAA